AUGAAUAAAUUUAAAGAACCAUUAAAAGUUUUUUCUUUACCGGAAGAAAUGUUACAAGACAUUACUUUUAAAAAUACUUCAAUUAACCUAAAAUCAGAAAAAAUUUUCCAUGAUAACUGCGAUAUUAAUAAAGAAGUUCAAGAGCAAUUAAGCAACACCAGCAUUACCACCAUCAACACCGCUACCACAAAAUCAUUUUCAUGUUUAGUAUGUGGCAUUACGGAUUUUGAGGACGGUGAACAACAACGAACCCAUUUCAAAUUGGAUUGGCAUCGUUAUAAUGUUAAACGUCAUGUUAAAUAUUUAGAAGCUGGUAAAUUUAAAAAUUAUCAACCAAUAAGUGAGCAGAACUUUGAAGAAAUUAUGAAUGACAGUAUGUCAAGUAUUUCAGGAUCUGAUACAGAAUUGGAAGAUGAAGAGGAAAUAGAUGAAGACAAUGGAAAAGCAAAAUCAGCAGGAGCAGAUUUAAGAAGAUAUAAUGAAAUGGCAUUAUCUAAAGAGAUAAGAGAAUUGAUCGAGGAAUGGAGAUUGAUGAUUGAUCAGAGUGAAUUGAUAUUUAUGCAUGCACCCGGAAGAAAUAAAAAAAUAAUUUAUGGAUAUGAAAAUGCGGUUUUAAAAAAAGAUGAUCCACCAUCAUCGUUGGGACAUUAUGAUAUUGUGGAGUAUUUAUUGAAACAAGGAGCAAACCCGACACAAACAUCCAAAAUCAAAAAUAUGACAGCAUAUGAAAUAGCAAAAGACAAAGAGACAAGGAAUGUUUUCCGUAGAUUUAUGGCUGAUGAACCUGAUAAAUAUGAUUGGAAAUUAGCACGAGUUCCGAGUCCAUUAACAAAAGAAAUGGAAGGUGAACAACGUUAUAAAGUUGGUACUAAAGCUACUACUACUGAAUCGUCAUCGUCUGAAGUAUAUUUAAUUGGAUUAACACCUGAAGAACGUUUAAAUAUCGAAAGAGAGAAAAGGGCAAGAGCAGCUGAAGAAAGAUUAUUAAAAUUAUCAAAUAGAGGAGUUACAACUAACAUUAAUAAUAAUAAUAUUUGUAAAAUGUGCAGAAAAUCUUUGUCAGGAUUAAUUCCAUUUGAUAAAUUUAAUUUAAAAUUUUGUAGUACUCAAUGUGUCAGGGAUUUUAAUAAAUAG